AUGUACGAGCCCUCGAUCACGUGGCCGCAGUUACAGUACUCGUGCGACGCGUGCGGAGAUCUCCCGAUCACGCGCCGACGCUGGGUGUGCGAACGGUGCGAAGAUUACGACCUGUGCGACGCGUGUCACAAGAGACAACAUAAGAGACAGCGCGAGGGCGGGUGGGAGGUCGCGAGCGCGGGAGAGAGCGAGAGUGAUUCUGGAUUCAGCGAUUCGAGCGCGUCGAGCGGCGAGGGGAGAGGAACGCACGACGCGACGCACGAGUUGCGGUGUUACGUCGUCGAGGAGACGAUGGAACCGAUGGAAACGGGGAAGUUGAGUGCGUGCGUAUUGAAUGCCACCGCGCGGUGGUACGUGGAGACGUUGCGUUUGGCGAAGAGCGGGGACGCGAAUGCGGCGGCGCUGUGCGCGCAAAUGUUGGUGGUGGGAUACGGGUGCAACGCGGACGCGGACGAGGCGGAGUAUUGGCAACAGGUGGCGAGCAGCGGACGCGCGCGUAGGGUCGAAGGGGUAUAUGAUGAGCUCCCGUGA